UGCUAUUUUUCUUGCAAAGAAUCCAGCCUUUCAUUCCAGAACAAAACACAUACAGUUGCGAUACCAUUUUAUCCGAUCUCUUCUCGAUAGUGGACAACUGAUACUUGAGAAGAUUCGAGGAGCAGAGAACACAGCAGACAUGCUCACAAAAGGGUUAUUGCUGACAAACUGAAGCUGUGUGUAGCUUCAGUUGGCCUCCGUACUUAAAGGCAUAACUUGAAGUUGCUGUGAUGGUUGCUAUGAAGAUAUGUAGACUCAUUUGUCUCCAAGUGGGAGAUUGUUAUGAUUGGAGACAAUGACUAAUGGCUUAGUGGGUGGUGCACUAGACAAUAAACUAGUGGCUUAGUGGGUUGUGCACUAGACAAUAACUAGUGGCUUAGGCACCCACUCACCAUUAUCCUCUAGUUUAAUCAACCCACUUCACUAGUUUAAUCAAUCCUCUAGUGCAUUAAUUGAUGCAACCCACGUAUUGCUCUCCUAUAAAUAGGAGAGCUUAAUUGUGCAGAACAUAGAGUGAAGAGAAGGGUGUGUGCGGAAGAAAGAAGAGUGAAUGCAAGUGGGUGAGAAGAGAGAGUUUACAGAGAGAGAGAGAGAAUUUGUUGUAAAAAUCAUUUCGUAGUGAAAUCACAGCAGCUGUGGACGUAGGCAAUUGCCGAACCACGUUAAAUUUUGUCUCUCCUUUCAUUUAGUUUCAUCUCUGUCUCCGACCAGUCCUCAACAGUAAGGGGUAUUUUUUUAAUUCUCAAUUGAAUUGUAAUAGAAUGUGUGGACAAGUCUUGGAAAUUUUGCUUUUUUAAGAAAUCUCUCAAUCAAUGACCAUUCUUAACACGGAUACAGAGUUACUGUACUGAAUGAUCACGCUACGUAUACAGAGAAUAUCACAGAGAAGAAAAAAUUUAUUUAAUUUGUUAACUCGAGGCCCUUUACGUUGCGGUAGCUCUCUUCUGCGAUAGGGAAAAAUAACUUCCGGAAAUGGAAGAAACAAUGGCAAGUCUUGAGUCCCCCUUGAUGCCAAUCGCACAAGGAAAAGUAUUAGAAUCUAGGAAGGGAUUUAACAAAGAGGAUAUUAUAGCAGAGGUAAAGAAGCAACUGUGGAUAUCAGGGCCACUUGUGCUGGUUAAUCUCUCGGUGAACGGUUUGCAGGUGAUCUCAAUCAUGUUUGUGGGUCAUCUUGGAGAGCUAGCUCUUGCUGGUGCUUCCAUGGCCAGUUCUUUUGCAACAGCAACUGGUUUCAGCUUGUUGAUUGGAAUGGCAAGUGCAUUAGACACAUUCUGUGGUCAGUCCUACGGUGCAAAACAAUAUCACAUGCUUGGUAUACACAUGCAAAGGGCUAUGCUUGUUCUUCUACUGGUCUGCAUUCCCCUUGCCCUUAUAUGGGCCAAUGCCGGCCACAUCCUUGUAUUCUUGGGACAAGAUCCAGAAAUCUCAGCUGAAGCUGGUCUUUAUGCACGGUUCAUGAUACCUUCCAUUUUUGCUUUUGCGAUCCUUCAGUGCCAUGUUAGAUUCUUAAAAACCCAAAGUAAGGUAGCUCCCAUGGUGGUUAGCACUGGAGUUACAACAUUAUCUCAUAUACUCAUUUGUUGGAUUCUGGUAUUUAAAUCCGGCCUUGGAAAUAAGGGCGCGGCUCUGGCAAAUACGAUAUCUUAUUGGAUCAAUGCAUUGUCAUUGAUAAUUUAUGUUCGAAUAUCUCCCUCCUGUAAGAAGACAUGGAAUGGAUUUUGAAAAGAAGCAUUUCAUGGGAUUCUUGAAUUUCUAAAACUGUCCAUUCCCUCGUCUGUAA